AACUUCCAGCCAAUCAACAGCAGCGGAUUUGUAAACAGAGGUGACGCGCCGGAUUUUGAGGUUUCCUACACGUAAAGAGAUUGAGAGGGGCUAACUACUUGUUAUAUUUACGUAGGUGAACAAGACAAACUUCAUAGAGUAUCCUGGAAGAACUAAAGCAGCAAUGAAGAGAUCUGCAUCAGGGAGAGUCAGCUAUCAGGGACCAGGGGUCCUGAAACCAAGAAAUGAACCUUUUACUCCUAAUACCAGGGAGAGUGUUGGUCAAGCAGUACGGAAGUCAUUCAUUCCAAAGGCAGGACUGGGUGGUAGUGCCAACAGACUUGCUGGUAGAAAGAGGCGAGGAAGCACAGAGAAUGUAUCACGGUUGUCCUUUGCCUCCUCACGGUUCACUCCUACACGCCUCAACACCCCAUCCUGUGCUCCCCAGAGUGGCAACAGAUUGUUCACAGACUCUGCCCGCAACUCUGGCAUAGGCACCUCCACUCGGAAGGACGUGCGAUGCUUUAAUGACCCUGGCCACAAGACAAUGUGCAUUAACAAGAUCAUGGAGUUCCUUAACAGCAGAGGGAGGUCAUACCAACGUCGUACACUCCUCACUCCCACCACUAAUGACUUUAAGGACAUCUUUAAUUUCAUCUAUCAACAUUUGGAUCCCAACUAUACACUGCCACCUAGAUUUGAAGAAGAAAUUCCCAAGAUACUGAAAAAUUUACACUGCCCAUUACAAAUCACCAAAUCUUCCUUUGUCACAGUUGGAUCUCCUCACACAUGGCCUGUUGUCCUGGCUGCAUUAGCAUUCUUGGUGGAUGUGGUCAAUAUUAACUUUAUCAUUGACUCCUCGUUGCCUGAAGAUGAUGAUGACGAUGAAAUCGGCAGACAGCUACAUACUUUCAUAGAAGCCUUCAACUGCAGUGAUGAAGCUGAAGAGAAUGCUUGCCUUGAGGCAUAUGUAGAAACUUUAAAGGCCAAUGAGAAUGUAAGUGAAGAGGAUAUGGUGGAUCUCGGUGAAGCUUUGGAAGCGGCAGAUCAUGAACUGAAAUCUAUGCCCAAGGUUAAUGAUGAACUGAAGGACCUCAAGCAAUAUAAUGUAAAGGUUUCUGAUGACCUGGCCAAACUGAAUAAUUACUUGAAAGAUCUUAAAGUUGCUAUAGAAAACAAAAGUGCAAUGGAAAGGAGCAUAAAACAGUCAAUUAUGAAAUUGGAUAUUGAGGAGAGUAAGAUGAUGGAAGAGAUUGAACGUUUGAUGAACCUCAAAAACCAACAAGCGUACAGUGCCUCUGAGUUGAUGCAAUUGAAGAACCACGGUCAAGUAGCUAGCAAGGAAAUUGAAUACCAAGAACAAUUAUCAAAGGACUUGGGUAAUCAGGUGUGCAAUCUGGAAAUAGAGAUAUCAAAAUUUGAAACCAUCCUGAGAAACUCUGCUGACCAGCUUAAGGAAUUGGUGGAGAAACUAAGCUUGAAUGAAGAAUUCCCUGACAUUGAUGUGAAGAGUGAGGAUGUAAUCCACCACUUUGAUGACAUCAUGUGUAUCUUAACAACACUCAAAAAAGCAGCAAAGAAAGAUGCAUCUCGGACACAAGAAAAAAUGUUACAAUUAAGUCAUGAUGUUGAGAGGGCAAAAGGAACAUUACAAGAAAAAGUGGCCGAAGGUAAUAAGCUGAAAACAAAAACACGUCAUGUUAAAGAAGAAAACAAAGUCACACAAGAAGAAAUUAAAAGAGAGAUUCAGCUGAAAGAUGAAGAACUUGAGAAAUUGCACCAAAAGAUUAUGGAAGCCCGCAAGCCACAAAAUAAACCUGCAUAUCACCUUUACCAGGUGGAUGACAUGAUCAUUGUUAAAAAGCAAGAAUUAGAGAAGUGCAAGAAGAAAGAAGAGAAGUGUUUGCAUGAUGGACUUCAGUUCCAGAAGAAUUUCUUUGAAGGGGGGAUGUGUAAUGCUGAAGUUCAAAGGAAACUUAUUGUGGAACACACUACACGCAUUAAGGCUGAAUUCACAAAACUUUUGGAAUGGUGUGAUUCACUAGAUAGUGACUGAAUACAAAAAAAAAAAAAAAAAAAAAAACUUGCUAAACAUGUACAUACUGUGGGUCUUCAGUGUUCAAUUUUUAAGUCUUCCACACCUAUAUUUUCUUUUUUAGAUUGAUUUUACUUAAAAAUUUUCAUUAUUUUAAGUUUACUACUGUCUUUUCAGUGUUGGAUUUUUUAAGUCUUCCACAUCUAUAUUUUCUUUUUUAAACUUUUGUUUUUAUUAUUAUUAUUCCACUUCUGUAUUUUCCUUUGUUACAGAUUAUUAUUUCUUUAUUUUUUAUUUUCUUUUUUUUCCUCAUUCCUCUAUAGUCUAUAUAUUCAUCACUAAACCAUAUUUUAUAACUUUUAUAUGUAUUUACAUGUAUAGAAUAUACUAUAUAACUAAUAAAUAGAAUAUAUACUAUAUAAAUAAUAAGAGAUUUUGCUUGUACAGUUAAGAUUGGAAAUAAACUUAUGAAAAUAA